CGUCAAAAUGCGCCCUACCACCUUUGUUCUCUAUGCACCCGUGCUAGCUGUCAUAAAUUCCUCGCCAAAAAGGGAAAAGCAAAAAAGGAAGAGUGUAAAUACGAUCAUUUCCAAAAAUCAAAAGUUGCCAAGCGUGUUUCGAAUAAACUUUCGAUGCUGAUACUGUUUCCGGGCAGGCGUGGAAUAGGCCCACGUCGGAGAUAAGUAGUGGGUGCAUCGACAACAUUGUUCACGCGAUAAGCAUCAGCAUCAUCAUCUCCUCCUACACGUACAUUGCGACGAAGGCAGUGAAAGUACCGUGGUGUCAGUGGCACCAGGCGAAAAACAUCAACAUUCAUCAUCGUGUUGUUUGGCAAGUUGUCUGACCGGGAGAAAUCAGCCAACCACGGAACGUUUGAAGCCAUGUACUGUCUGCAAUGUCUCAUCCCGGUGCUGUUGAUUCCCAAACCAACGAAUCCAGCCCUGAUGCAAACGCAUGUGAUGUUCAUCGUGCUCUAUCUGAUCGGAUUCUUCCUCGAGCGCAAACCGUGCACCAUCUGCAGUCUGGUGUUCCUGAUGGCGGUCUUUCUGAUCUGCAACAGUGGCGUUGGAAACUGCUUGUUCUGGGGCAACUGUGAGGGCCACACGUGUGACAACGGCUAAUGGAACGAACGAUGAUGGACCAACGAUGCUAGAGAACGUGAGCUGGGUGGGUUGGUGAUGGUUUCUUUUGUACUGUUUGUUUCACACUUUCUUGUCUUGAUUGUUUCCAUCGUUUAAUCAUCGACUAAUUCGAUCAAUACGGCCAAAGAUUUAGAGAAAUGUGUAACUUAUAAGUGCACCCCAAUUGAUGGCACAUUCGUAGCAGUAUGUAGCUGAAAUGUUUUUAUCGUUUUAGAUGUUAAAUCGGUUUAUGAUUAUUUUUUUCGUUGUCUAUAUACGUUUUAUUUGUAAUUUGCUCGCAUGAUGGUUGACGGUCAUAUUUCGAGAACACAAAGACUGCAGGACGCAGAUCAAUCUGAAACGUAAAAGCGGUUGUGCUGUGCUUGAUAAGCUGCUGGAUUGAGCCUCUGAGAUUUGAAAAUAGCUAAGUCGUCCUUUUGAACAAAUUUGCUACGAAGCUACUAAGUGCGCGGAAUGAAACGUUAGACGUAGCUUACCCGUUGUGAUCGUUGCAGGAAGCGUCGAGAUUAGGUCCAAUGUUUCAUGAUCUGCAACAUCAACAUUAACAUGCUUACAGAAACGUACAGGUUGAUAAACUUUAAUAGCAUACUAUAGUAGUAGUGAUACGUUUUUGGAACAGUAAUGAUUAUCGUAAUUCAGGAUUAAUGGUUGUUGGUUAACGAUAUUGGCAGUUCGAAAUUCAAAGUGUCAUCCUGUAUCACCCGCUGUUUGGCCAUAGUUAGCGAGCAUUAAGUAAGUUCUACUCCCUUUUGCGAAGGGAGUAAACCAAACGUAUCGUUACAAAAUUAAUCAAAAAUUAAUAUCACUUGCACGUCCGCCUGUCGGCCGACUCGGCGUUAAUUUGUAAGAUGGAAACAAAAGCAAAAUUGUCACCAAAACUAUCGUGCCAGUGAUUCGCUUAAAACACUCUGACACGCCAACCAGAUACAGUAAACCUUUCCUGUUCAAGCCACAUCGUUUUAUCACUUUUGCUUAGCGGCCCAUGGUUCAUCUACUCGAUACAAUGUUAUCAUACUCUAUCGUUAUCUGCCAUUCUACAAAGGUGGCACGGUGAUAAGUACGAUGAAUCGUCUGCCGUUGGUACAGUGUAGUGCGGCGUGUCCUGAGCAGGAAGUCACAUAAGAAAUUGGCGUGGCGUUUACAUGUGUUAAAGGAUGUCAUAAGUAAGAAAAAAAACUACUAGAAACACAGCAAAAUGAGACAAAACGCGCUCGAGAACGCUAAUUGUAAAUAGUUGAUGAACAUAAAUGUAGUAUUUAUUUUUUUAACAAACACAUCUUGAAUGUCCCUAGGUUAGCGUGUUAAAAUCAAUUUAAACAGCAAAUGUACACUAAUUAAUAAAAAGAAACAAGAAUAAUCAAAAAUCUUGAACGGCGAGCGCGCCCUUCUUUCAUAUCGUUGCGAGAAGUAAGAAAUGUUUAACACACGGUUAAAAUCAUAUUUGUAGAUUUAUUGUCAGCGUUGAACAUACCCAGUUUGAUGCUGUCUACUUGUAUCGGUCCUCUUGCGAGAAACAGGUGUGCUUGCUUUGCUAAAAGUGGAACUUUAAUUUUUUUUAAAACACCAAGCUCUCCGUUGUACUUUGUGCGGAAAGGAGGUUAAUUGUUGCCUGUACUGUACUUUGUUUGCUGGCUGCAGAAUCCUUUUCAACAAACACACCGACAAUACACCGUUUCCGCUUCCCAAAAAUGCGUAUGCGUUCACUUAUCACUUCGAGCUCUCGGGCAAACAAAUGCCGCUACACAUUACUAAAACGCAUAAAACGCUCGCCGCCCCGAUGGUGUUCUGGUGUUUUGCGUGCAGUAUUUGCAUUGGUCUCGAAUCGCCUUUCCCCCGUACGUUUUUUUUUGUU